AGCAGAGAUGCCUACAAUGAGAUGAGAGAAACAAAGCAGCCGCAGCGCCCGGGAGAUGCUGCCCGUGCCUCCUGCCCGGCCGGCCGGGGAGGGGACAGCCCAGCCCAGCCCGGCAAAAGAUGGGGACACGGGUGUGCUGCAUGGAGGAGGCAGCCAGGGCCAGCUGGUCCCGGGGAGCACAGCCACCUCCUGCACCGGGGAAACGAGCCUACAAGAGCUACGUGCGGGCCCUGCCCAUGCUGAAGAAGAUGGGAGUCAGCUCCAUCCUCCUCCGCAAGAGCAUCGGGGCCCUGGAAGUGGCGUGUGGCAUCGUCAUGACCCUGGUGCCCGGUCGGCCCAAGGACGUGGCCAACUUCCUCCUCCUCCUCCUCGUGCUGGCCGUGCUCUUCUUCCACCAGCUGGUGGGUGACCCCCUCAAACGUUACGCCCACGCCCUGGUCUUUGGGAUCCUGCUCACCUGCCGCCUGCUGAUCGCCCGGCAGCCCGAGGAGCAGCCCCUGGACAAGAGGAUCCUGGCAGUGAACGGGGACGAGCAGCCCCUCAGCCACGAAGCAAGUCCUGAGAAAGGCAAAAUGAAGGUGUCCUAGUGCAGUCUGUGUGUGUGUGUGUGUGUGUGUGUGUGUGAGGCACGGACCCUCGAGGCAGCUCUCUCCAAAAUCACCCAGAAAUGUUGGGUUUCUCAUGACCUAUUUCUAUUUUUCUGUCUUGUCUAGAAAUAAAGUUGCACUUGGGGUCU